UUAAGAUGGCGGAUGGAGUGACUUUUGUUGGAAAAAGAGUCAUUUGUGAUGAUUUUAUAGGAACUGUGAAGUAUUUUGGGGUCGUUCCGCCCACUCAAGGAGAAUGGCUUGGUGUGGAAUGGGAUGAUGAGAAACGAGGAAAACACGAUGGUACCUUGGAUGGGGUGAGCUACUUCGUGUGUAGCCAUCCAAAGAGUGGUUCAUUUGUCAGACUCAAGAAAGUGAAUUUUGGAGUGUCAGUAAUUGAUGCUUUAAAGCAGAGAUAUGGAGUAAAACAUGAUACAGUACAAGAUAUGUAUGUAGUAGAUGCAAAUAAUAAGAAAACUGCUGUAGAAAUGGUUGGAGUAAAUGAUGUGCACAAAGUUCAAAGUUGUUUUGAGAAGCUGGUUGAAGUGGGCCUCAGAGAACAACUAGUAAAUGGACCAGAUAAGGAUGUGUCACUGUCUUCAGUUGCACCAAAUAUUGUACAAUUGGAUAUAUCUAGAAACCUCAUUGCUUCUUGGGAUGAUUUGGCAAAAGUAAUAAAAGACCUUAAUAAACUUAAAACUCUUAAUGUAAGUGAAAACCAACUAACAUUACCAACAGACCAUAGCUUGCUGAAAUCUUCCUUCUGUAUGAUAAAAGAAUUGUAUUUAAAUAGAAUGAACCUAUCUUGGACAGAGGUUUUGAUGAUAAUGACUAUGUUCCCAGACCUUGAAGACCUCCAUGUUUGCUAUAAUGCUAUUGACAGCUUGAGGUUAAAUAAUGAUGAAGAGAACAGCAAUCAGUGUUUAUUAAAUCAGAAAAUAGUAACAUUGAAUCUAGAGGGGAAUCUUAUAUCAAACUGGAGUGAUAUUACACUGCUUGGUAAUCUUACAAGGCUCAAGACUCUUAUUCUCAAUGAUAAUAAGCUGAUUGAUGUGAUCUUUGAUGAUGAUACAGGAUCAAACAAGACAAAUCUAUUUCCUUCUUUAACAUCUUUGUCUUUCAGUAGGAACUCCAUAAAAGAUAUUACAAGUGUGAAUGCUCUAAACAAGUUGGUUGAUUUGGUUGAGUUGCGCUUUAAGGACAACCCUGUAUUCAAAGGCGAGACCGGUUUUUCUAUUCGGCAAGAACUCAUUGCAAGAAUUAGUUCUGUAAAGACAGUGAAUGGCAGUCCUGUUACAGAGAAGGAAAGACUGGCUGCUGAACGUGCAUACAUCAAGAAGUACGCCAAGGACUGGUUUGAUGCAGGAGGAAAAGUAGACAAUUAUGACGCAAAUAAACUGACAACAGAAUUUGUAGAGAAACAUCCACGAUAUGCAGAGCUUGCCAGAGUACAUGGUAUACCUGAUAGUGAAGUCCAUCAAAAGACCGCAGCCACUCUAAAAGAAUCACUUAUUGCGUUGACAUUCAAAUGUCCUGAUGACUCUUCUAAAAAAGUAUUAACGAAAAAACUUCCAGGAACCAUGACGAUCGGCAAACUUAAAGGGCUGUUAUACCGAUUAUAUAAAGUGGAUAGUGCCGAUCAAAAACUGUCAUACCUUGAUACCAAAAAUGAUCGUGAAAUUCAGUUGGAUGACGAUUUAAGGUCUUUGUCAUUUUACUCGGUUGUGCAAGGAGAUACUUUGUACGUAAGGUGGUAGAAUCCUAACGUGAGAGACAAUCAUUAAAAUUCAAUACCACAACUAGA